GAGUUUAGUUGAAGUCACUCUAAAUUCUUAACAGAGUCGCGUUGCUAAUCUGGCACAGUGAACGGGGCUUAAGACCCGUGACAGUCGCCGCCUCCCACCGUCGUUGUCCAUCAUUGAGAGAGUGGAUGACGACGCGAUCACUGUGCGAUUGUUGAUAUUUUGCUUUAGAUACCAAUGUAAAUCCGGUUGAUCCUGUCUCUCCACCCGAGCUCGUUGUGACGCUUCGGUUUGUCAAAUUGGCAGUCAUCUUUUAAUCUAUUCCGUGUGACCAUGAGUUCACCAAUAUCUAUGAGCAACGCUGGACCACCGACUACUGCCACUGGUAUGGAAACAGUGGUGGCGGUCGCCCUGGGCGCACUCGCCGCUGUCUUCCUCGGCGCUCUUCUGGUACUUCUGGUUAUCUGUCGUAGACAACGUUGCUAUUACAAUCAAAAGGAUUCCGCGGAGCUGAACUCCGAUCUGCUCGAAGGAGAGAACAUCACUGGUUUGGGAUUAGAUGCGUGGGAGAGUGAAGAGUGGUUGGCGGGUGCUGAAAGAUGGGUUGACGAUGCCACUGGUUUAGCUCCACCUUGUAUAGCAGUGCUUCGAUCUUGUCAUUCUUUAGCAGCCAGUCUUACUACUAUCGCUGGAACUGUCAACAGUAAUACUGUUCCACUGGAGAUAGUGGAUGUCGCCCGACGCAUACCACCUCGUGUAGAUGACGUUGUUCGCAGUUUGUAUCCUCCUUUAGACGCUAGAUUAUUGGAAGCUAGAGUGGCAGCUCUGGUGUUGGCUGUGACUCAUUUAGCGUUGGUGACCAAACACGGCGUGCCUAAGAGCCAAGCCAGAAAACUGGCAUUUAUUGAUCAAGCCCUGAACGACAUGGACACUCAUCUAUUGAUACUGAGAAACGCAGCGUUGGCUCAGGAAGUGGUUUGUUCUAUCCCAGCCUCUACGCCAGUUUGAGUAUACGUUGAUUGAUUUCGCGAUGAAAUCAAAUCUCUGUCGCUACAGUAUUUGUAAUCAUCGGAUUAUCUCUAGCUUCUCGUGAUUUUGUUUUCGUCACACAAUCGCAACGAAAGCUGUACAUAAUAUGGCCGCUAGAUUUGUAAAUAUAGCGUUUAGUAAAUUCGAAUCAUACAUCAGACGGCAAUUAUGCAAAAAUGGGUCAUCGCUGAUCUCAAGGCACAAAAAUGAACAAAGUUCGAGAUUACUGAUGGGGGGGAAAACUCGUCAGUAUUUUGUCAAUUAUCGUUACUAUAAAAAGAAUGCAUAUAAAUAUAUAUAAAUAUAUAUAUAGGUUUAUAUACAGCACACGUCGAAAGUAUCGUGAAGGAUAUAUUUUAAUAAUCGUUUUUAAACGCGGUGAAAAUUCGCCAAGACAUCUUUCGACAUUUUACAAUACACAGAGAUAUACGAAAAUGACGUCUUCCAUGUUACAUUAUCAUAGUUAUUUAUAUACGUACAUGGAUAAAAAUGUAUUUUGGGACUAUAUAAUCGAUCGUACCUGCAUAUGUUUGUACACGUUACAAUAUUUUAUAUACUUGAAGAUAAUCAAAUUGUUUUAGGUUAGUAAGAAUUUAUAAUGAAGUUGAUCUUCAAAAACAAAUCACUGGGUUUUCGUCCUUUCUUUUUUAAUAUACUUAUGAUUAUAAAUAGAGCUUGUCGAUAAUUUAUUUAAAUUUGAUCUGUAUUCUCUUAUAAUAUGCACGAAUUUUCAAAAUUCUAGAUUCCUACUGUAGUAAUGUGCCACAACAACCUGCGGGUUGUCAAGGAUUAAUUUCGGCCUUCUCUAAUACUUCAAUAAAUUAACUAAGUAAUGUAAUCGAUUACUGAUGCGCUACAGAAUAGCGUACAUAAUAUCGAUUAACAUGUUACAAUUUUCAAAAAAAAAAAAAAAAAAAAAA